AUGUCCACCUCGAAGGACUUCACUUUAACCUUCACAGGUGAUGUAAUGCUCGGCCGCCUGCUCGACCAACUAAUGCCCGAGCACGUCCCCAACCAGCACGACGAGCGCAUCGCUACAACCUUCAUAAAAGCCCAUCCAACCCUCCUCUCAAAAGGAAACUAUACACCCUCAUCUCCAUGGGGAACAACCCUCCCCCCUCCUCCACUCCUCUACCCUAGCAUGCAUCAACCUGGAAACCGCCGCCCUAUUCUGCACGCCGGCGGCAUCGACUAUGCAAGUCUUGCCAACAAUCACACACUGGAUUUCGACACCGAGGGUCUCACAGAGACUGUGCAAACAUUGCAACAGGCGAACGUCACAUACGCGGGGGUGGGUGAAACAGCCAACGAUGCACGCAAGCCUGCUGUGCUACAUUUACCCAGGGCCUCAGAGCCGAUAGAAGAAGGCAAACACCGCCACACGGUCCAUAUUUACUCGGCCUCUGACCACCCGCGCGUCUGGGCCAGCGUGCCGGGAUUCAAUAUGUUCGAUUACACGCGCGACACGCGCGCUCGGCUGCGUGAAAUGCUUGUUGAUGCCGAGGAAACCAAGCCUGCAUUGAAGAUCUUUUCGGUUCACUGGGGGCCGAAUUAUGCUUGGCAGCCUGAUGGACGGAUUAAAUCUCUUGCGCAUUUCUUGAUCGAUGAGUGUGGGGUGGAUAUUGUCCAUGGGCACUCGUCGCAUCACGUUCAGGGUGUAGAGGUUUAUCAUGGGAAGCUUGUUAUUUACGGGUGUGGGGACUUUGUGGAUGAUUAUGCUCUCAAUGAGGAGUAUAGGAAUGAUCUUGGGGCUUUGUGGAGGGUUGUUGUUCGGGAGAAGACUGGUGGUGGACUUGGGUUGGAGAGAUUGGAGAUCUUCCCUACACGGGUUGACAGGUUUAGGGCUGUUUUGUUGGAUUCUAAAGAUGCGGACCAUGUGUGGAUUAGGCGGAGGAUUCGUGAGCUCAGUGGAGAGUUGGGAACAAUUGUGAAGGCUGGGCUUGGGGAGAAAGGGGAGAUUAUUGUUGAGUUUUCUGGAGAGUAG